AUGGAAAAUACAGCUAAUUAUAUCGUCAAUAGCACUACAGGUAAGCAAUCGGCUGCCGACGAAUCCACGGCAACACAUCCUCUGCAUAAACGCGGAACUAAAGACCAAGCAUCAGCUGACGGCUCAAUGAGCACAACACCAAACGACCUAACGGAGAAUUCCAUACAACCAACAACUGACCGUGCCAUAGUCGGUACCCUGAUCACUGCACAACAGGAUAUUAACAGAGAAUGCCAACUGUUUCGUGAAGAAGCAAAACAGCAACAAGUAGAUGCGGCAGUGAUAGCCAAAGAGAAACCCCACCGACUACAGAUGCAACUGGUAACGCUCUCUUCCCAUACUAAGGACCUAACUCAACUAGAUGCCGACGCUGCCCUUCACUCUAUGUUGCCCACCCUCCUAGACUCUGUCAAAAAAAAGGAGAAAGCGAGUGAAUAA